AUGGAGCCGGCUCAAGAACAACUCGGAAGAGCUUUAGCCCCUUUAAGCCGUAAUUUAGGGACUUCGCAUCCGUCGGUGAGCGCGGACCGUGUCGCUCUGACGUAUCUCGUGCCGUGGGAUUCAUUCGCGCAGGACGCGUUUGAGACUUUUCGACUAGCAGAUAUUAGCCACAAUGUUCCGGUCAACGAUGAAAGUGAACUAUACACCGUUGGAAAUGAGUUGGGGCUGUCUGGAAGAUUCGUACGGAAUCUUUGCGACCCGGUAAUGAAGGCGCUAAAGCCGCUCCCUGGUAUGCAGUCGAUGCGAUUCGCAGAUUUCCAAGCGCUGUCUCGUUCAAAUGACACUGUGCCUGAUGUAUGUUUUGGUCUUAUUUCGAUUGACCCAUCUGUCGACAAUGUAUGUCUGGCCGGCGAACUGAAAACACCAUGGACUGUCGAGGAUACUUCUCUCCAUCUCAAUACCCCUAGAUCCUAUCAUCUCGAAUAUCUCAUCGGACGAGUCGUUGCUCAAAUGCGUACAUCUUCGCUUCGUUUCGCGUUUCUGUCAACCUACAACUCUACAGUAUUUGUAGAAAGAACCGCCGAUUUGUGUUUCCGUCUUUCCGCGCCAAUCAGGCGAGAUUCAUUACAGCCAUCCCUCCGCCAGCUCUUUGCGGGUUUCUGUUUGAUGGCCUUUUCUGGCUCCAAAUACCGUGAAAGCCCAUCCUUCAAUCCUAGAGUACUACGAGGGCCUCCACCUAUACGGUCCUCAUCUCGGGGGGAAAGGACUCCUGACUACCCAACUUCAUCGUCAGCAAACCAGUUACCUUCAAUUACACCAAAGAGCGUAAUAAUCUCCAGCGCGGACGAUUCCCUAACAGUUGUUAACUGUACGCGACAACUAUCAGACCCACGGAUCACCUCUAAAGGUGUCUGGCUUGGUGAGCUUAAUGGUAACUCCGUUAUACUUAAAUGCUGGAAUGUCGAGAAUGUUGAGUUAUUUGAAACAGAAGCUGGCGUUUAUGAACGGAUUUGGGAUAGCACACCACAUGGAAUCCAUCUUUUCAGUAGAUGGUUAGCAAGAGGGGCUAUUAUUUGCUCCAGUGUCUUCCCAUUUGGGUUUGCAUUGAUUACAGAACCCAAAGAUGGAUCCCGACUCGACGAAAUUUGGCAUACUCUCUCGGAGACUGAACGAAUUUUCAUUCAAUCAGAGUGUCUCAUCGCCAUAAAUGCUCUCCGCCAGGUCUCAGUGCGACUCGACGACGCAGGACAACAUAACAUUCUGUAUAGCAGAGAUACGCGAACGGUCACUUUGCUUGACUUUGAAGUCGCACAGAAUGUCGAAGCUAAUACUGUGAUUCCUGUCCAUUAUGAGAUGGAGCGAAUUUUCAGGCGAAACUUUAGAUUGGGGCGUCCAAUCGGUGGAUGA